CAAGGCUUCCUUGACCCAUUGAAUCAUUUGGAGCGACUCCUCUUUCUUAUUGUUCCCUCCUUUUUUUCAUUAGCCACCAUGGGCAUGAUAUGGUCCAAGCAAAAGACGGACCCCAAUGAUUACGAACGAAUUUUGUCCGAACUCGAUAGUAAAAUCCAAGAAGCCGAGGUCAGACUAACUGACAUCAAGAUCCGUCAACGACGCACAGGCGUAUUAUGGGUUAUCUACAGCACAAUUGUCUGGGUUGUGUAUCUCGGAUAUUGUCUCUUGACAUUGCAUGGGCAAGACGUGAAUAUCCACACUUUUUUAACAGCGCUACCAGCCUUCCUUUUUCCUAUUUGCAUUUAUUACACUCGAAAGUUACUUGGCUGGUUCUACAGCCGAAAGCAGACUUCCGAGGAAGCGCUUCUUACUGCACUACGAGCGGAACAGAAAUUAAAAGUGGAAGAGUUGAAAAAGAAAACGUCAUAUUACUCGACGCAGUCAUUGCUCGAUCGAUACGAUGAAGCAGCGCAGAAGAAGAAACGGGAACAAGAGAGACUCAUGCAACUACAAAAACAACAGCAACAGCAACAACAGCAACACUUUGCUCAGAAAAAGCCAGUAUCAAUGCCUGCUCCGCGGACUGGACCAGCGCCACAAGGAGGUAGUUCAUCCGCCGGUCCAAUGUCGGGAAUUGCCAACAAGGGGCCGAGUGGAAAUCCCGGUUUUGUGAUGAUGCCACCACCUCCCCCGCCUCGAGCACCUCAAUGGUACGAUAAAAUUGUGGAUGCCUUGGUGGGUGAUGAUGGACCAGAAACCAAAUAUGCAUUAAUUUGCAACCAUUGUUUUACGCACAAUGGGCUUGUUUUGCCGAAUGAAAUCGAUACUAUACAAUACGUUUGUCCUCAUUGUAAACACUUCAAUCCUUCGCGCAAAUCUCGGCAGCUGCACCCCGAUGGACCUGUCAUUCCUCCCCAAACGCCUACACCCGCGAUAUCUCCGUCUCCAACUUCGGCUCAGUUACCUCAACAUGACACCGACGAAACAGUCGGUCGUAAUCAAUCACCUGAUGCAGCAAACAGUGCAGAAGGGACCGAGACUCCCGAUGAAGUUAUCGCAAAGUACAAACAACAAAUCAUGGACGAGCAAGAUGAGUCGAUUGCCGAGCGUGUACGCCGUCGCCGCGUUCACAAGAAUGGAGAGGAGGGAGAUGAGUCAGAUAGUUAAUUGUUUCAAGAGAUCACUUGCAUAAAAUCCGUAUAGUCAGUAUAUCGAUCGGGCGUGUUGAUAAUUAUCACUCUUUAAAAACCGAUGCAAUUUGAAAUUCAAUAACAACAUACAUAACAUAACAAUUACA